AUGGGCGACCCAAACGUCAAAUCAGAUGGGAAGACUCCAACGUCUAUUGAACUCACCAAGUCGGUCAAGGACUGGUGGAAUUGCCUGCGGAAUUUGAAGAGACCGACGCUGGGGUUGCUGAAUGCAAAGUUUGUGGAGGCGAGAAAUCGCCUUGUUCAGUUGGAGUAUAACUUGUUCAGGGCCAUUUUGUCGUCUGAUGUGAGUAUUGUGCCUCCUGGAGAGGCAGAGCCAGAUAACGGGGUGAAGGACAUCACUGCACGGUUCGUGGAUACAACUCUUGAAGAAGACCUGCUGGUGUAUAUCCACGAGUUUGAAAUCACCAACAAAACAGAUCUAUCACUUCCCAAACGGGACAUUGUCAUCAUUCACGGCUACAUGGCAGCGCUUGGCUACUUUAUCAAGAACUUUGAGGCGUUGGCCAAGUCGCACGGGAACUUGACUAUUCAUGCGAUUGACAUGCCGGGUUUCGGCAACCUGGCCAGACCAAGGUUCCCGCCAGAUUUGCUCAAGACACCAAAAAAUGCCACCCAGGCUCAGCAAGUGAGCCAGGUCCUAGGGGCUGAGGCCUGGUUCAUUGACAAGUUUGAAGGUUGGCGUAAAGUUCGUAACCUCGAGCAUUUCGACCUUGUGGCCCACUCCAUGGGAGCAUACCUUGGUAGCUGCUAUAUCUUGAAGUACAACUGCCAGGGAAGCUCCCCCAUCAUCAAGAACUUCGUGGUGGUGAGCCCAAUGGGCACAGAAUCCAGCUCGGUAAGUUUGAUCAACCAUAAGUCUCAUCAGAGAAACUUUCAUGAAGAUGGCGGCGACCCACUUGAGGAGAUCUUUGCAAAUAUGCCCGUGGACGAGUCGCAUACUCCAGAACUACAACGGUUACAAUGUGGGAAUGGAGUGUCUCCUUUCCAGAUUCUCCAGAUCUUCGGUCCAGUGUAUUCUAAAGUGUUGUCCUACUGGUCAUUCCAGAGGUUCAAGAACCUCAAAUCCAAUUCAGAAGCUUCCGACGCUCCUGUCAGUGUUGAUUUGAUCAACAAGCUACACGAAUACUCGUAUUCGGUCUUCAAUCAGUAUCAAGGUUCUGGCGAGCUUGCCAUCACCAAACUCAUCAAUCAUAACAUUCUCGCUAGACUUCCACUCUGCGACAGAGGGUUCCUUGAGCUUAUCAACAAAAUUGGUAUGAGAACGUUGUGGCUCUACGGCGACAAGGACUGGAUGAAUAUGCAAGGCGGAAAGUAUUGUGUGGAAAAACUCAAGGCUUUAGGCCACGAGGAUGCUGAGUUGACGAUUGUAAAAGAUGCUGGCCAUCAUCUCUAUCUAGACAAUCCGGAUGAGUUCAACGAAAUCGUCAUUGAUUUUUUGCAACUAGAAAAAGACAUUUAG